UUUAGAACCCUGUAAGGACUCUGAGCUCUGAGCAUUCCCAGAUUAAUUCAUGCAAGCGCGAAAUUUCUUGAUUUUCUUCUACCUGCCGCUGCUGCUCUCGUGUGCGGCUGGCUAUCGACAGGGGAAGCAGCGACAUCGAGCAGUGCGUAAGCGAAUGGCCAGGCCACAGCAUUUGCUCGAGGACUUUGCACCCAUCAGCACGGCGGCAGGAGGAGCAGAAGGAGAUUCUAGUCUGGCUGGUGAGGAAGCCCCCGGCAGUGGAGUUGGCAAGCAGUGCGUCGAAUCUCCAUCGGGCUGCAAUGUCAAGGAGAUCUUCAAGCCCGGCGAUCCCAAGGAGAAGUCUUCUGCCAUAGCCAUACAGGCGGCGCAGGACGCAAAGGCGGCCAACGAGGCGCAGGGGGCAGCAGGACAGGCCGCGGCGCAGCACAUCAAGCUGGAGCUGGCCGAGAAGGCAUUCCAGUCGGCCAAGGCCGCAGAGGCGGCUCUCAUGGGCAAGCAGAUGAUGGUCGAUCAGCUGGAGCAGGAGGUGAACGAGGCCAGCGCCGUGAUCGAGCAGGAAACCAAUGCGCUGCAGGGCACAGAGAUCAACAUGAAGGCGGCCAUGGAUGCCGCCCGUUUGGCCAGCCAACAGUUCCAGGCAUUCAGCGAGCUGCACAAAACCUUCGAGCAGAACCUGGCCAACAUCCAGACAGUGGCCAUGGGCGUCCAGCAGGAGAUGUCCUCCAAGACACAGCUGCUCGAGGCUGCUCAGAACCGGAUUACACUGCUCCGGAAGCAGUUGCAGGGCGCCCACGAGGACUACGAGAAGACCAAACAGGCCGCCUACAAGGCUGCCUGUGCAGCCGUCGAUGCCAGGCAGAAGGCUUCCAAUAAUAUCGAAUCCCCCGUCAGCAGUCAAUAAUGGAGCUGAG